AUGGAGAAGCGCGCGGACGCCGCGACCCGCCAGGGCGACAUGCCCGGCUUCUUACGGAACCUCCAGGGCCGAGCGGAGGCGGCGCGGGCGGGGGCGCGUGUGCAGGAGCAGGAGCUGAGGCAGUGGGGCCUGACAGGGAUUAACCUACGCUCUUAUCAACUGGAGGGAGUCAACUGGCUAGCCCAGCGCUUCCAUUGUCAGAAUGGCUGCAUCCUGGGAGAUGAGAUGGGCCUGGGUAAGACCUGCCAGACUAUUGCUCUCUUCAUUUACUUGGCAGGAAGAUUAAAUGAUGAAGGACCAUUUCUGAUUCUUUGUCCCUUGUCUGUGUUGAGUAACUGGAAAGAAGAGAUCGAAAGAUUUGCUCCAGGUCUUUCCUGUGUAACAUAUACAGGUGACAAAGAGGAGAGAGCCAACCUACAGCCAGACCUAAAACAGAAGCCAUGUUUUCAUGUGUUGCUGACUACCUAUGAGAUUUCUUUGAAAGAUGCCGCAUUUCUAAGAUCCUUCCAUUGGAGUGUUCUUGUUGUGGAUGAAGCUCACAGGUUGAAAAAUCAAAGCUCCUUGCUGCAUAAGACACUUUCAGAGUUCUCAGUAGUCUUCAACCUCCUGCUGACCGGUACUCCCAUCCAGAACAGCCUCCAAGAGCUCUACUCCCUCCUCAGCUUUGUGGAGCCUGAUCUCUUUUCCCAGGAGCAGGCGGAAGAUUUUGUUCGGCGUUACCAGAAUAUUGAGAAAGAGUCUGAGUCAGCAAAUGAACUACACAAACUCCUGCAGCCAUUUCUGCUGAGACGAGUGAAAUCUGAGGUAGCUACGGAUCUUCCCAAGAAGACAGAAGUAGUGAUAUACCAUGGCAUGUCGGCACUGCAGAAAAAAUACUACAAGGCCAUUUUGAUGAAAGACCUCGAUGCAUUUGAAAAUGAGAUGGCUAAGAAAGUUAAACUUCAGAAUGUCUUAUCCCAGCUUCGAAAGUGUGUGGAUCACCCAUAUUUGUUUGAUGGUGUGGAACCAGAGCCUUUUGAGAUUGGAGACCACCUGAUUGAGGCCAGUGGGAAACUUCACCUGCUGGAUAAGCUGCUGGCAUACCUAUAUUCUAGGGGCCAUCGAGUUUUAAUUUUCUCCCAAAUGACCCGGAUGUUGGAUAUUCUCCAAGACUACAUGGAUUAUAGAGGCUACAGUUACGAGCGUGUGGAUGGUUCCGUGAGAGGAGAGGAGCGAUACCUGGCCAUUAAGAACUUUGGACAGCAGCCCAUUUUUGUAUUUCUUCUGAGUACCAGGGCAGGUGGAGUUGGCAUGAACCUAACGGCGGCAGAUACCGUUAUUUUUGUUGACAGUGAUUUCAAUCCUCAGAAUGACUUGCAAGCAGCCUCCAGGGCUCACCGAAUAGGCCAGAACAAGUCUGUUAAGGUUAUCCGGCUGAUUGGCAGAGACACCGUGGAAGAAAUAGUUUGCAGGAAAGCCGCCUCCAAGCUGCAGCUCACCAGCGCAGUCAUGGAGGGAGGUCAUUUUACCCUGGGAGCCCAGAAGCCUGGAGUUGAUGCUGACCUCCAGUUGGAUGAGAUACUCAAAUUCGGUUUGGAUAAACUGUUGUCCUCUGAGGGGAGCACCAUCGAUGAAAUAGACCUGGAGUCUAUCCUGGGAGAAACAAAAGAUGGCGAGUGGGUCUCUGAUGCCUUGCCUACCGCAGAAGAAGGAAGCAGAGAGCAAGAGGAAGGAAAAAAUCACAUGUACUUAUUUGAAGGGAAAGACUAUUCCAAGGAGCCCAGCAAAGAAGACAGAAAAUCAUUUGAGCAACUGGUGAAUCUUCAGAAAACCCUUUUGGAGAAAACUAGUCAAGAGGGCCGGUUACUCCGAAAUAAAGGCAGUGUUCUCAUGCCAGGCCUUGUGGAGGGGUCUACCAAGAGGAAGCGGAUUCUAAGUCCAGAAGAGCUGGAGGAGAGAAGGAAGAAAAGACAAGAAGCAGCAGCCAAGAGAAAGAAGCUAAUGGAAGAGAAGCAGAGAAGAAAGGAAGAGGAGGAACAUAAGAAAAAGAUGGCCUGGUGGGAGUCCAAUAAUUACCAGUCCUUCUGCCUGCCUUCCGAGGAGAGUGAACCCGAGAGUCUAGAGGAGGAGGAAGGUGAGAGCUCAACCCAACUGGAUUAUGAAGAUUCAGACUCAACCUUCAUCAAGUAUGUUAGUGGCGAUGUCACCCACCCCCAGGCCAGCGCGGAGGAUGCUGUGAUCGUGCACUGCGUAGAUGACUCUGGCCACUGGGGCAGAGGUGGUUUAUUCACAGCUCUGGAAAACAGAUCCACUGAGCCAAGAAAAAUAUAUGAACUGGCUGGGAAAAUGAACGACUUGAGUUUGGGAAGUGUCCUUUUAUUUCCUAUUGAUGAUAAAGAGUCAAGAAACAAAGGGCAAGAUUUGUUGGCCUUGAUUGUGGCUCAGCACCGUGAUCGCUCCAAUGUCCUGUCUGGCAUUAAGAUGACAGCCCUAGAAGAGGGCCUGAAGAAGAUUUUUUUAGCAGCAAAGAAAAAGAAAGCAAGUGUCCAUCUCCCACGCAUUGGGCAUGCUACGAAAGGUUUCAACUGGUAUGGUACUGAGCGACUUAUACGGAAACACUUGGCUGCAAAAGGCAUCCCAACUUACAUAUAUUACUUUCCCAGAAACAAGGCUGCCAUCCCUCACUCACAGUACUCAUCUUCCUCCUCAGGACAGCUGCCGCCCUGA